AUGCCGAUGUUCGACGACAUUUUGAGCCGUGCAGAAAGCCUUUCAUCAUCGAAUUAUCAUGCCAAAAUUAACGAUUUUUUCCCGAAUAAAAGAAAUGGCAACGAUAUUCCUCGCGAUCAGCAUUUAUGCCGUCAGGAUAAUCCGUACAGCGGUACAACCUUCGACAAAGAUCUCAACAGCAUUUUCCGCGCAAGUGAACAUUUAUGGAAGACAAAUGCUAGCUCUGUUCCUAUUCAGAAAAGCUUUCUCUUCGGAGAGAAAGGUGUGGUAUUUGGGCCUACGGUGCCUACUCUCAAAGAGACAAAAGUUCCCCCAAAAUCCAGCGAUGAGUUAGAGAUUGAUGUGGACCAAGAACGUGUUCGACUGGAAACGGAACGCUGCUUUUUCAACCAUGUACUCCUUUCGCGUCCACAGCCAUCUAUAACUCCUUCAGUGAAAAUGUCGUCAAAG